AUGGCGAUAGCAGCAGAUGGUGUAGUUGCAAAGAAGGUGAACGGACAGGCUGAUGGACAGCCGCUUCGAAAACGAGAACAGAAACGGCCAGCUGGCUUUGCACGGUGGUCACUAGGGGUUAUUGUACGGUUGCUGAUAUGGUACGCUUUACUUACACCGUUUUUCCACUGUCCAUCGACUUUACAGGAGUUGGAUAGCAAUUCCUCGGGGGUUUGCAAACCGUUCUUGAUCGCAAGGUCACACAUCGAGCCUCACAUAACACCAUAUUAUGAAUCUUAUGGAGCUCCAUAUGUCGAUAACGUGCGCCCCUAUGCUCGCACUUUCAACGAGAAAAUAUACAACCCAGCCGUGCAUUUCGCAACUCGAACUUACCGCACGUAUGGAGCGGCCCAUUUUGAGAAAGGUACUUCUUAUGUUCGACACCAGCUAGGGGCAUUAGUUACACCUCACCUCCAUUCGCUACAAAACUCCAUAAUCCGCAUAUACGAAAAUUCGUUAGGGCCGUAUUACACGAGUGUCAGUACAGUAAUGACACCCUAUUAUCGGGCUUUAGUAACACAUUUUGAUAAAACGUGGCGGUCAUAUGUUCAGCCAUUCUACGCCCAAUCAAAGCCAGUUAUUGUUAAGGCCUACUCUUCAACAUACAAUGUUGCAGUGAAUACAAUUUAUCCGUACGCCAAGAAGAUAUGGUCAUCGCUGUUGACAUUUAUCAAUGAGACACUGCUGCCCGGGAUUGUUGGGCUUUACACUGAGAACGUCGAGCCUCAGUUAGUUAGGAUUGGUGAGAAACUCGCAGGCUAUCGAGAAGGCAGGAAGCUUGGGGCUGUUGUUGAAGAAACUGAAAGGUGA